AAAAGUUUCAAGACGCUUGUUUAUUUCACUGAUUUGCAAACAUACGGGAGGGCCAAGAUAAGCAAAAUCAUGCCCGAGUACAUGCUGUGCAGGAUCUGCUUGACAGAGGACAUCAACUCGGAGGCAAUGGCUCCACUGUUUGACGACGAGGACGCACAGUGCCGGGAACUGGUGCGCAAGAUUGAGGAAGUGGGCAGCAUCAAGCUGGUGCCGCUACAGAAUAUCCCGAGCAUGCUGUGCUACAGCUGCGUGGAGCGUCUGACCAGCGCACACAAGUUCCGAGAGCUCUGCCAGGAGAGCGAGCGGACGUUUGCCACCAAUGUUGUCAAGGCGGAGAUGAAGUCUGAGCCAACAGACGAGGUGCCACACAUAGUUGCGGAUCACAUCGAGUACAUCUACGAGUCGGCAAACGACUUCAUCGAUGGCGUGGAGGAGGACAUCGAGAUGGAGAACAUGAUGGAGGAGCGACUGGAGGAUGGCGUUGCGGAAACCACUCAGCCCUUUGAUAUCUCCAAUGUGGUGGAUGAACUUGACGAGAACGACCUGUUGGUGCCGAAUAGCACCGAUAGCGACUACGAGCCCACCGAACGCUGCCGCAAGCCCAAGGCGCGAAAAUCGCGGAUGGGUAAACGCGGACGCGGACGACCACGCGGCUCUGGCUCCGGACAUCCACGCAGUCUUAGCCAGGAACGCCCUUCAGUGCAAUCGAGCUGCAAGUCCUCGCCCGAGGAGUCCUCUACAAAUAUCAUGUGCGAGAUUUGCGGCAAUAUAUACUCCAAGCGAGCGGCACUCAACAUUCAUAUGCGUCGCCACAUGGCCGAAAAACCAUUUGAAUGCGAAAUUUGCGGCAAAACCUUUGCGGGUCCAUCCGAGCUGAAUCGUCACAUUCGAGUGCAUACGGGCGAAAAACCCUUUACGUGUAAAUACUGCAACCGUUCAUUUGCGGACCGCAGCUCCAAUAUACGCCAUGAGAGAACCCACACGAACGAAAGACCCUUUACCUGCUCCACCUGCGGCAAGUCAUUCUCCUACUCCAAUGUGCUAAAGAACCACAUGCUUACACACACGGGCGAGAAACCGUUCCUUUGCCGGCCAUGCAAUAAGACCUUCUCCCGCAAGCACCAGCUGGAGCAGCAUAUCGGCACGAUGACCCACCAACAGACUGUUAGGAACCACCAGAAUAACGAACCGAUGCGGCACUCAGAGAUCUACUAGUCCUAACAAUUGCAAUUAUUAUUUUAAUAGAUAAUUUAAAUAUAAAUAGAUAUUGUAAAAAUAAAAAGAGUACAAAUUUUCCGAGCCGGAUGUGUAAAAAGUA